GUGAUCGUGAAGAAGGUCGAUUUUUUUUUGGUUGAAAAAUACACAAACAAAUAGUGGAAAAAGAAUUUUUCUGUUCAUUGAUUUGCCGUAAUAGUGCAACGAAGGGGUUUGAAAGGCAAGGUCAGAGAUCUAUGACCGCAUUGAUUAGCGGAUGCAGUGUGUUGAGCUAGACAAAUCGUCGAUCGGAUCGAGAUAAGCCAGUGGAAUUGAGGGUAACCAUCGUAUGCUGAUUUGGCAAGAUGGCCGGUGAAGCUUCACAACAUCAACAACAGCAACAGCUGCUUCAGGAGCUGACCGAUAGUUUAGAGUGUCAGAUCUGUUUGAAGACGACGGACGAUCCCCAUCUUUGCCCCAAGUGUUCCAAGUUUUUCUGCUAUUGUUGCAUUCGGGAUUGGUUGCAGAAAUCUGGCAAAGAAGCAUGUCCCAACUGUCUGGGAACAGUAAGCUUGCCGGAAUUUGUGAAGUUUCGCUGGGGCAAUAGCAUCGAUUCGUUGCGGAAUUUGGUGGCCAAACCAAGUGGAUCUCCAAUUGCCCAUAAAAUCGACUUGAAAAAUGACUUGCGUAGUGCGCAAGGUGCAUUCACUGCCGCAUCCGAACGAAUCGAUCAUAUACUGGAGGGAAGGCGAGAAGCACUGAAGAAAUCGAAAGAUGGGGUAAUUAAAUCGAUCAACAUUCUGGUGCAGCAGGAGUUUAGAGAUGUAAAUCAGCAGUACAACGGCAAGUUAGCGGAAGUGGACGCGUGGAGUGAAAUUCUAUCCAAGGAGUUGAAUAAGCUGGAAAUUUUGCUGUAUACCCUGCAAGAAAGCAUUUCCAAAGAUACGGUUCCGGAAACGGAGCAACACCAGUUGCAAACGCAGUGCCAUGUUUUGAAGAAGAAGUUGGACCUUCUGGCUCCAAACGUUCCGGAGCAUAAGUUCUACAGCAAACUGUUGCCGGCGCCGGUGGUAUGGCGCUUUACGGUGCGAAAUUUCCACCAGGCACGCAUGAACAACCAGGUGCAAUACUCGGAUCUGGUGCGGGAUGAUUUGGGCAACACUUGGCGGUUGGAGAUACAUCCGAACGGGUUCGAUGAUGCUAAGAAUAAAAGUGUCAGUGUGUUCAUGCAGCUGUACGAAGGCGUGGAGGGAAGGUUCUGCUUCACCAUCGAACUGCCACACCGGACACAACCGCACCGUUACGAGGACGAAGAAUACUUCCAGCUGCGCAAAGGCUGGGGCCAGAAUCACUUCAUCGAUCAGAAACUUCUGCUGGACGAGUUUGUAGAAAACGACUGUUUCGAGAUACGAUUUUCGGUUCGUUCACCAAAUCUUAUCGAAAAGUACGACUGUCUGCGAAAAUACGCUGAAAAGCUGGAGCGCUACAACACCGCUCUUUUGGAGGAAUGUUCCGUAGAUUGCGCGAAUGAGAUUUGUUGCAUUCGAAAUGUUACGGAAGCCUGCAACAACUACGGUUGUCUGUACUCGGACACCAUUCGUGACGAUCUCGGUGGAUCGUGGCGACUUCAGGUUUUUCCUGGAGGUAAUGGAGACGCUAAAGGGUUGUUUGCCUGCAUAUUUUUGGAACUUGUUGAAGGAAUUCCUAACGUGUACGAGUUUUCGGUGGACCUCAUCAACGAGUCUCCGAAAAAGUGCAUCAAGAAAUCACUGGAGCAUAACUUUCAACCAUGGAUGCCAUUCGGGUGGAAAAAUUUCGUUUCUCGGGAUGAACUGUUGGACGGAGGAUUCCUUAAAAAGGACUCUCUGAUGAUCCGACUAGCAAUCCGACCACCCACCGUUACCCAUAAAUUCAACUACCUCCGACAGUUUCACGACAAGGCGAUCAGAGACCUUUCGCAGGCUCACAGCAAAUCAUCCUCAUCCACCGCAUCAUCCUUACUGAAUUCGAAAACUCUCGAAGCCCCAAUUAGCUUCAUCCGAAAAAUGCUUCCGAGGGCUCCAAGCCACGAACAUGGAUCCGCCUCAGGCACACCCAAGUAAUGCCCCAAAUUCUUGAUUCAUAUAAUGAACUUCGACCAUCCGAAAGAAAAGAGAAACACUCUCAUUGUAGCU